CUUGCCGCCCAAACUCGGCCCAUCCACCGGCUAGAAAGCCCAUUUUACCGAAUACAGGCAGUAACCCUAGGGCUUACCGGCAGUUGAACCGGUUAUCAUCCCUUAUAUAUAGAGUGACUGAGGGACUCCUUUUCAUUCACUAUUCUUUCCAAAUCUUAGAGCCCAAACACUUUCCCAAGUUUCUCUCAAAUCUCUCUAAUUUUUUAGGCAAUCUCCAGGAAGAUCCCAGUUUCCGGCCGAUAUUCAAGCGAUUUUCCAGUUUCCGGCCGAUAUUCAAGCGAUUUUCCAGUUUCCGAGCAAUCUUCAUCUCUUCUUCAUCAUUUUCUGGGUCUAGAGCAUUCAUCCGAAGAAUAUCAAUGGCAGAUUCAAGUUCUUCCCAACAAUCACAGCUUUCCCAGCCCUCCAAUGCUCAUCCUCGCGCGAACCGAGGUAAAAAGAAAUCCCUAGUUCAUGCUAGUGUCUUUUCUCUUAGAGAUUUACUUUCAGAUUUUGGGGAAGCUUUUCCCAACUUGUUGCAUUUAGAAUCGUAUCAGUUUCCUUCAAAAUACGAUCAAAAAGCCGUAGAUACCAUUGCUGUGGCUUUUGGGAUAAAUGGGCCAUACAGGGCUGUGGCUCCGGGCCCAAAUGAUAGGUCUUGCUAUCCAAAGCCCGGAGCCCUUAGGAUUUAUAAAGAAACUCUCUAUGCCGGGUUUAGGUUCCCUCCCCCCAUGUUUGUUGGCAGGCUUUUGGCUGAGGCCCGUAUCUGCCCGACCCAACUUCAGCCCAAUGGGUGGAAGUUCAUUUACUGUUUUUUAGUCCAAUGUAGGAAACACAAUUUAGAGCCUAGUGUUGCAGUGUUUAGAUAUUUGUUCAAGUUCGUGAAUGCACCCAACGAUGAGGGAUGGGUAAAAAUCCAAUAUAGGAAUGUGGCCCGUAGUAUUUUUGUUUCUGACACAGCUCCUGACUCCCUCCCUCUUUGGAAAAAACAAUGGUUUUAUGUUUAUAUGGAGGGGGCCAGUUGGGAGGACUGUUUCUAUUCCAACUUUAGUCGGGCCGAAGACGGGCCCGUUAGAUCUCUUAAGUUGGGCCUAGAAGAAGAGGCCGCCAUUCGCAUCUUGAUGGGAGACAACCUCCAUCAUUGCUCUCUGCUGCUUUCAGAGGCCUCACUUCAAGCACACGGGCUUAGUGAUUUAGGCCCAAAGGCCCUUGCCACCCUGGGCAAUAUUUUUAAGAAGAGGGAGACGGCCGCUUCGAAGGCCAUUCCUGUGGAGAAGGCCCGUACCAAGCGGCCCAGGAAGGAGGGUGGUUCUCCCAUUGUGGAGAAAGUUCCGGCUUUCAUAGCCGAGAGGCCCACUGCUAUCGAUGAGGACCCAAAUCCUUACGUGGUUCAGUGGGGCCUCUUAAACAAGGACACUAUAGUGGGCGAUUCUCGGGCCGCCGCUGAGUGGUCCAAGAAUGUGGUGACCCCGAGGGACAAGGCCCACGUGGUCGAGUCCUCGGACGAUCUACAGAUCGAGCUUCUCGGAGCACAGGCUGUUGCUUCGGUUAAUACUUACCUCCAAGCGGCCCUCCACAACUUGAGGGAGGUGAGGACCGAGAAGACGAUCGCCGAGCGCGAUCGCGAUAGAUACCUCGAGUCCUCUACGGCCAACUUCGAACGCUUCCGUGAGGUGGAAAAGGAGUUGGCGAUCGAGAAGGAGAGGGUUCGAACCCUGGAAGCUGAGCUGGAUCGGGUCCGGACGGAGGCAAUUGAGGACUUCAAGAAGUCCAAAGAGUACGAGGACUUGAUGGCGGCCGAGUACGACGCGGCUUUCCCUGAGACCUUUAAGAGUUGCUGGGAGGCCAUCAUCGAGGAACUCGGCUCUAAGAUUGAGGGGGUCACUUUGGAGAAGUUCCCCGUUCCCCCGAUCCCGGGGAAGACCUCAGAAUCCUCAGAGGACCUCGAGGAAACGGAGUUCGGGGACUCCCAUCCACUCGAGACCCAGGAGGAGGAAGCGCAAGAUGGGGUUGAUUCCCCCAUGGCCGAGGAUGUGGAGAAGGAAGAGGAGGUCCCUGAGGAGGAGGGGAAAGCCAAGGAAGGGGAUGACCAGUUUGAUGAUGGUUUACCCUAG